GCCACCAAGCCAGUAAUUUUUAUCCAGAGAGGCACGCAAUCGGCUCCAGACCGGCAGCCCGGACCCGCUCGCAUGGUCUCCACCACCAGCAGGACGAGACCCUAACCAGCGCGCAUGAAAGCAGCACCGCUGCUUUUGUACGCCCUCGCGGCGGGCCGCGAGUGUCCCGGGGAGAUCCCGGAGCCCGUAUCUCUGACGGACGCGGCCGUCGCGCGCGCCACGGCCGCGGCCGCCUGGUUCCGGGGUGCCCCGCCGCCGAGGCACUGGACGCUCACGGCUUCGCUCGCGCGCGACCUCAACCAAACCUUGGGCGCUGGCGCCUACAAGAGGGUGAUCGAAGUCGUGGACCGGCCGGAGCUGCUCGUGAAGACGCGCGCGCACGGGGCGCUCCACAAACAGGCCUUGAACCACCGCGGCGAGCGCGCCGUGCGCGCGGAGGUGCUGUACCUCGAGGUCGCCCGCGGGCGCCGGGGCGUGCCCGCGCUGUACGGCGGCUGGAUCGACCAGGAGAGGGUGUACUACGUCGUGCAGCGCGUGGACGCGUCGCUGGUGCGGCGCGGGACCCGCGGCGCUCCGUCGGGCCGUCCGUCGCCGCUUUGGUUGAAGCGGUGCCAAGACGCGCCCGUCGAGGCGGCGCGGGCGCUCCUCGAGUGCUUCCGGUCGUUUACGGAUGCAGGCUACCACAUGGAGGACCUGCACGGCUCGCAGUUCACGCUAAACGACGCGGGCGAGGUCUUCGCCAUCGACGCGCCGGAGUCGCGCCCAGGCGCGCCCGUCGCCGCGACCCUGGACUGGGCGCUCCGGCGGCCCAAAGACGCCGCCCGGAGGACCCACGGCCCCGGGGCGCCGGGGAGGAACUGUUCCCGGGACGACGAUUGCGUGCGGACGUCCGACAUGGAGCGGUGCGCGCUCCGCGACUGUAUUCGCGGCUUCGAAGCGGGCGCGCGAGAGACGCGGGGCUGGUGCCGCCGGGCGACGUGCGUCGGGGUGGACGCGCGCACGCACGUCUUCGACCUGGCGACGCGGACGUGGGCGCUGCCAUUAAUCCUGCAGGAGGGUCGGUUCCCGUCGUCGGCGGCGAAGCGGCGGCUGGAGGAGCUCAUCGCGCGCAUGCGGAGCGAAGCGCCCGAGGACCGGCCGAGUCUGGUGGAUGCGCUCGCGGCGCUCAACGCGGCGCCUGCUUCUUAACGUUGUUUUAGACACAGUACGCACUAUUACUAUCCUAA